AUGUCGACGGCCCAGAAUGACAAUCCAUCGGUGACCAGCGCUCCUUCCCUUGACACUGCCCAGUCCGAUGCGCCUCUUGCGGUACAGUCGACCCAACCGUCGUCAUUAAAUGCUUCAACUACAAAUGCGCCAGCAGCUGCCGUCUCUGCAUCAGUAGACAAUACUUCCGACCGACCUGCGAUUGACUCUUUCCCUGCCGCUGCCGAACACAUCACAGAACGUCUGCCCUCGACAAACCUGUCUGCAGGUUAUAGCACACAAGAGUGGGAAGCUGCCAGGAAUGCUGUUCUUAAGAACAUGACUACUUCGACCUCGCUGGGAAAUGACGCAAGAGUAAAAGAGGAAGACAUGGACACUUCAGUCGAUGCGACCACCCCAGUCGUGCGGGGAGGGCGAGGGAGGAACCGUGGAGGCCGUCCCAGAGGCAGUCGAGGAAGAGGCAGAGGACGAGGCGCUCUAGCUGGACCCGCCAUGUCGCCAUUGUCAGCAGGUGCUGAAACACCACCAUCCACAGGGAGAGGUCGCGGUCGAGGAAGAGGAGGUCGUCCAAGAGGGAGAGGCGGCAGAGGUGGCCGCAAGCCUCUCGCUGAAGGCAUCAAGAUCCAUGAAGUCAGCUCCGACAGCGACGAUGAUCUGUUCGAUGAUACCGAAGGCACUCCUUUAGCCACAACUUCGCGCUCUGGCCGCGCAAUCACAAAACCUACAACCUUUGUACCAGUCAUACCAUCACCUACCUCAGGCACAAAACGUAAGCGCAAUUGGGGACGUAGGAACCCGGAACUGGCAGUGUGCAAGCAAUGUCUCCGACCUCAUAGUCCAGCCACCAACAUGAUAGUAUUUUGUGAUGGCUGCAACUCUCCUUACCACCGCUAUUGUCAUUAUCCUCCCAUCAGUCAGGAGGUUGUAGAUGUUCCCGACAUGGAAUGGUUCUGCUCGGACUGUACUGUUCGACCACCGCCAGAAGUUGAUAUCGAUACGUUCAUGUCGGGAGGAGACUUGAUGGAUCAUCAGAAACGAGAAGUUUUGAUGUUACUACCAACAAAUACGCUGGUCGAGUUGCUACUACGGGCAGAUCAAUCGCACCCAGAAUUGGCACUUUUCCCACCAGGAGCUUUCCAAACGCCUAUACCUACCACACUCACAGAUCUACUUGAUCCCCCUAAAGCACAAGUCGAGCCUCUACCACCAAACCCACCUGAGCCUCCAUCUGACGAUUCUGAACACGCCUACUAUCCUCUACCAGUACGGCCAGAUGAUGACGUGGACGAAGGGUAUAACGAGCUCGAUGAUCCCACAGCCAAUUAUCCAAAACCUGGUCAAGGGCUGGCAGCAUUACUUCCUCCCGAGGAGAAUGAUCUGGAAUGGCUGGUUGAUGAUAACAAAGAAGUCUACAGCCAUUUCAUACCAGCCGGGAGGCCCAGCGGCGUGGAUGAUGCAACCAUGGCUGGUGCUGAUGAGAUUGUUGGCUGA